CCCUAGAUAAAAAAAUAAAAAAAAUAGGUAUUUCUAAAUUAUUUGUGCCUUUUAAUGAAAGUCAUCUCUGGCGGCAUUUGAGAAUUUUAUGGAUGGUCCGUCUUUUUGCCUCAUAAAAAUCUACUUCUUUUAUCGAUAAACAUCAAGUUAUUACUUUAAUAUGUUUUGGUUAUUAAUGGUAACUGGGAAUAAUCUUUCAACGAUUUGAGAAUUUAAGGUCCAUGACAAAUUCCUCAUAUUCACACCAUGGCAUCAUCAAUGUUACAGCCUGUAUACGAUAUACACACUCAAUUGGUUCUUUUUCACUCGGAUUCCUCCAUUAAUGGCGAUCUAUCCUCAAAUCAACCAAUAUACUACUGAAUAACUGCACCAAUUACCUUCCAUUUAUUCAAUUUGGGUCCCUUGAUUCAUAAAUACAUCAUCAAUCUCCCAGCUCAUCUAUCAUAUAUCCAUGGCCAACAACAAUCACAACCAUAAUCACUACCAGGCCUCCACCUCCACCACUGCCGGCGCCGAUGGACUUGCUCAUCGAGUUAACAGCCCUAGAUUUUCUGGUCCGAUGACUCGCCGUGCUCAAUCAUUCAAACGCAACACCAACAACACUAACGCUAAUAAUACGCACCAUGAGAUUGAUGUUCCACUUAACUCACCUAGAUCUGAACUCGCUGAAGGGUUUGACUCGGUACCUGAAAAGAAGCAGACCCGUUUGACCCAACGGAUUCAAACAAGGAGAAGCGGCUCCAGUGGCGGAUCCGGUAACGUUGAUUUUGUUGAGGCGUUUGGAUUAGGUGGAGUAGAGAAGAAAAAACUGCUAGGACACUGGAUGUUCUUCCUGUUUUGUGGCUUCUGUUUGUUUUUGGGAAUCUUGAAGGUUUCUGUUAAUGGAUGGUUUGGAUCUGCCAUCGAAAGAAUUGGGUUUGAUCAGGAUUACUGGGAUUCAUCAAUCUCUUAUAAGAACUUAAGGGAUCAUAUAUCUCACGACAAUAGAUAUCAAGAAAAUAAAAAUCAUAUUGGAGUUGAAGAAAAUGAUGUGCACAAAACUCUAAAAAUGGUAGCUUCAGGUAUUGUUGCUGAUCAGUAUCAUAAAGAUGAUUUCACAGGUGUGUGGAGUAAACCCAAUAGUGGUAAUUACACUCGGUGCAUUGAUCGACCAAAAAGUCAAAAGAGGUUGGAUGACAAGACUAAUGGUUACCUUCUUAUUAAUGCAAAUGGAGGCUUAAAUCAAAUGAGAUUUGGGAUAUGUGAUAUGGUUGCUGUUGCAAAGAUUAUGAAGGCCACAUUAGUUCUUCCUUCCCUUGAUCACACUUCCUAUUGGGCUGAUGAAAGUGGAUUCAAAGAUCUGUUUGAUUGGCAACAUUUUAUCGAAACCUUAAAAGAAGAUGUGCACAUAGUUGAGGAAUUGCCACCUGUUUAUGCUGGAAUCGAACCGUUUUCCAAGACUCCAAUUUCAUGGUCAAAGGUUAGUUAUUACAAAAUGGAGAUUGUGCCACUUCUGAAACAUCACAAAGUAGUUAUUUCACACAUACUGAUUCCAGAAUCGCCAACAAUGGAAUCCCGAAUUCCAUUCAGAAGUUAAGGUGUCGUGUCAAUUACAACGCAUUAAAGUAUUCUGCACCAAUUGAGGAAUUAGGAAAGACUUUGGUUGCAAGAAUGAGACAAAAUGGAAGCCCUUAUCUUGCAUUGCAUUUGAGAUAUGAGAAGGACAUGCUAGCAUUUACAGGGUGUAGCCACAACUUAACAUCAGAAGAAGACAAUGAGCUUCGUAGAAUGAGAUAUGAAGUGAGUCAUUGGAAAGAAAAAGAAAUUGAUGCUUCAGAAAAAAGACAACUUGGUGGAUGCCCUUUGACUCCAAGAGAGACUUCUCUUUUACUCAAAGGAUUAGGGUUCCCUUCAACCACAAGAAUCUAUUUUAGUAGCUGGAGAAGCUUAUGGAAAAGGAACAAUGGGUGCUCUCAAUCAAGAUUUCCCUAACAUUUUCUCACAUUUCACUCUUUCAACUCAAAGAGAGUUGAAACCCUUCAUGAAUCACCAAAACAUGUUGGCUGGUUUAGAUUACGUAAUCGCCCUUCAAAGUGAUGUUUUUGUUUAUACUUAUGAUGGGAAUAUGGCAAAGGCUGUUCAAGGGCAUAGGAGAUUUGAGGAUUUCAAGAAAACUAUCAAUCCUGAUAGGAUGAAUUUUGUUAAGCUUGUGGAUGAAUUGGAUGAAGGGAAGAAAUCUUGGGAGGAGUUUAGUUUGGAAGUGAAGAAGCUUCAUGAGAAGAGAGAUGGAGGUCCAUAUGUGAGGGAACAAGGGGAGUUUCCGAAAUUAGAAGAGAGUUUUUAUGCAAAUCCACUUCCUGGAUGUAUAUGUGAUAGAACACAUGAAAAGUAAGGAUGAUAUUGUUUCUAAAUUGAGUAGAAUGUUAAGAAGAAUUGUGGGUGGAAUUAAUAUGAAAUGAAAGAAGUUGGUGAUUGAUGGAUGGAUGAAAAUAUUGAAACAUGAGGAUAUUGAGGUCAAUCUGAUCGACUUGAGAAGCUUGUGGAAGUAAUUUGAGCAGCAGCUUAGGUCGAAAUUUUAGAAUUGGCGUAGGCUGUAAGAAGGUUAACUUUUGGUUUAUUUUAUAUAUAUAUAUAUAGGAUAAUACAUGAAUAGAAGCAAUGU